AUGCAGCUCGUCAUUCUCGACUGUGACACCAUCAAUCAUCCGAGCCAACUGGCCAAAACUAGUCUCGCACCGAUUCAUGUGUAUAUAAAAAUCAGUUCACCCAAGGUGUUGCAACGUCUCAUAAAAUCACGGAACAAAUCACAGUCGCGAAAUAUGAAUGUCCAAAUGGUAGCAGCCGAGAAACUAGCUCAAUGUCCACCGGUUCGUUUUUUUUCACCGAAGCUUCUUUCUAAAGAAAAUCGACCGUCACUU